GGGUGCAGUAAGGUACACAGUACACAGAGCGCAGCAUAUUACUAGAAGACUUGCUUGGCCCAAGUAGCUAGUAUCGCUCUCUGUCUGUCAUCUUCAACAAUCCAAUGGGGAAACAGACAGCAGUAGCACUAGUGCUUCUCGGUGUGCUCUGUGGAAUAGCUUCUCAUGGGGUCGAUGCCCAGUAUUACUGGACGAGCGCCACGGCGACGUUCUACGGCGGCGCCGACGGCUCCGGCACCAUGGGAGGCGCGUGUGGGUACGGCAACCUGUACGGCUCCGGGUACGGGAUCAACAACGCCGCGCUGAGCACGGCGCUCUUCAACGACGGCGCCAUGUGCGGGGCGUGCUACAUCAUCUACUGCGACACGGGCAGGAGCAAGAUGUGCAGGCCGGGCACCCAGAUCACCGUCUCCGCCACCAACUUCUGCCCGCCCAACUGGGCGCUCCCCAGCAACAACGGCGGGUGGUGCAACCCGCCGCGCCUCCACUUCGACAUGUCGCAGCCCGCUUGGACCAGCAUCGCCAUCUACCAGGCCGGCAUAGUCCCGGUCAUGUACAAGAGGGUCUCCUGCCAGAAGCGCGACGGCAUCCGCUUCGGCAUCUCCGGGAGGGACUACUUCGAGCUGGUGGUGGUGACCAACGUCGGCGGCAGCGGGGUCGUGGCGCAGAUGUGGAUCAAGGGCUCCAACACCAACUGGCUCGCCAUGAGCCGGAACUGGGGCGCAAACUGGCAGAGCAACGCCUACCUCAACGGCCAGAGGCUCUCCUUCAGGGUCAGGCUCGACGACGGCCGCGAGGCCACGGCCAGCGACGUCGCGCCGUCCAACUGGUGGUUCGGGGCCACAUACAGUUCCUGGAUCAACUUCUACUAGCUUAAUUAGUACCGGCCGGACCAUGCAUGCAUCAAUCAAACCGGUCCAUCCACGGCACUGCUUAAUCUAUCAUCGUUUUAGUAUAUAAUAGUGGUACUAUUAAAUCGUAAGGCGCCCUCUGUUGCAUUGGCCACAGUUGUGUUUGGCAGCCGCACAUUCCUUCAUGUUUUAGAUGGGCUUGCUUCACGAACUGCAUGCAAUGCACGCACGCAACCAAGAAGUGUUGUAACACACACUCUUUCUUCUUGCACCUACACAUAAUUAACUAGAUGAUGUUGCUGCGGAAAA